AUGAUUCCGAAGUCGGGCACUGGGACUAUCACCGCCGAAACGCCUUCAAAGACAUCAUCCAUGGUCUUUGUUGGAAAAGUCUGGGCCAUCUUGGAAAAUACGGAAAUGAGCCGGAGCCGGGGCGUGGGGGUUCACCUGGCAUUUCUGGCCCCUCCUGUCGGCGCCGAUGAACCGGCGCAGGGCAAGAAGGCCGAAAUCGCAGCCCCCGAGGUCGGCCGGCUUUUAGGCCUCCGAGAGCCGUUCGAGGGCCGGACACGGGUCCGUCUACAGCCGGAACGUCGCACAACGUAG